CCCUGAAGUUGUAAAGAGUGAGCCGUAUGGAGAGAAGGCUGAUGUCUGGGCUGCAGGAUGCAUCCUUUAUCAGAUGGCAACUCUGAACCCACCAUUUUACAGCACCAAUAUGCUCUCCUUGGCAACUAAGAUAGUAGGGGCUAUGUAUGAACCUGUGCCAGAAGGACUGUACUCUGAAAAAGUGUCCUUUACUAUUAAGAGGUGCUUGACUCCUGAUGCAGAGGCACGUCCAGACAUAGUGGAGGUCAGUUCACUUCUGUCUAAUGUGAUGAUGAAAUACCUGGAUGUUUUAUCUACCUCUCAUCUCGUGUUGGAAAAUAAACUGGAUCGGGAGAGGAGACGAACACGGAGGUACUUCAUGGAGGCUAAUCAAAAUGCAGCAACCUAUCACCAUCAGCUUUCCAUCUUAUCACAAAAACAUUUUGAAAAGUUGAGUCUUCAUAACCACAGCAGUGGCACAGCCAGUUGCAAAAGUGAAUUUUCAGAAAAUACUGACCUCCCAGAUGAAAGCUGUCAAUCUGCAUGUGGAAAAGAUGAGGAAAGAACAUACGAAGAAAUCCUGGUAGAGGAUCACAGCACUUCAGAGAACUCUGAGAAAGAUAUAAUCUCUGAAUUAGAUGAUGAUCUGGACAUGUUGGACAACUCAAGCAGCCCCAGUUCAAGUCAUUUGAAAGAGUCUGCUUUUGGUAUAAUUAAAGGAAGUUUUAGUGCUUCUGAAAGACGACCUCAGAUUAGAGAUUAUAUUGAAGGCCUGGGAUCAAGACUGCGACCAGCUUUCCUGCCCAUUGAUCUGCCCUUGAGAGUGCCUCCAUUCAUGUGCAGCGCCUACACUAAGAAAAUAGAGGAUUAAUUAGCAGCAGGGUGGCAGUCUUAUAGUCUUCCAGUUGUAGUUCUUUGCAAUAUGAAAAAUCAUGCAUUGGCAGGAAUUGCUGUAUCACAAAGGAAGGUGCAUCAGAUCACUGACCCUGUUCAGCAGAUUCUUACUCAGCUGCACAAAAUUAUCUUCAUCACUCAACUUCCUCCAGCUUUGCAAUGCAACCUGAAAAGGAGAAUCAUUGAGAGAUUCAAGAAGUCCCUGUUCCGUCCACAGAGCAAUCCUUGUAAACUGAAAUCAGAAAUGAAAAAGCUACUGCAAGGUUCUCCUGAACUGAUUGAGCCCAGCUUUUUCACAGCAGAUUGGCAUGUAGUACUUCUCUCUUCGGGUGGAAAUAUGUUGCUUCCAGUUGAUAGAAAAGGUAUUGUUGGCACUUCUGACAUUGCAGAAGGGAUGACAUAUGAACAGUUGCAGACUCUAAUUGAAGAGGUUCUAGAGGAAAGUGGUUAUUACAAUUUCCCUUCUAACAG